CAGUGGUUCGUGACCGGGCUUUUGAGGAAGUGCAAUGAAAAAUAAUCGACAAAACAGCGUAAAUAUAAAAUGACGAUCGCUAUAAAUAUCUUUAUCGGAAGUGUUCAAGUGAUCUUACAAUUGACCUUGUGCCUCCAAUGGAAAAUCAAUUAAACACGGUGGUAAUACGACAUAAUAAUAUUCUGUAUAAAAUGCUGUUCGUCGUUGAAAAUUCGUUAGUAGUAUUAUCACAAACAAAUAACAAUAAUUAACUAGGUACUGUAGUGUCGACGACGACUUAUAAUAACAUGUUGGGCGGGUACGCGGUGGUGUCUAUCACGGCAGUCACUUACUUGUCGAUCUUUGGGGACAUAGCUUAUGGUAAUGAUGAAGUCAUUACUGCCUUUGAACCAAUUCCCAUAAAGACGUGGCCAACUGCCGGGAAUUUCAGUGGUGACUUAACAAGGAGUCGAAGGUUUUUGGUGGUUAAUGGUGACGACGUUCCUGAUUACGACGGCACAGAUGACGAUGACAACAUUGUAUACGACUACGACGACGGUGGUGGUGACCACGACCACGACCAUGGCUAUGACCACGACCAUGGCUACGACCACGAUUACCAUGACUUUGAGCACGAUGACGAUGACCACGAUUUUGACGGUCCCGGUUACCACCACCACGUGUGGUGGCACCACUACUAUCACCACGAUGAACCACACUUACCGUUCCCACUGUUUCCACCAAUCUUCAUAUACAGACGACCGGGUCAUCGUCGGUGCGAUCGGUGGCCGUUCGUGUGCAGGAGCACUUAUGAAAUGAUCCAGUGGCUCCAAUGUUAUCACGAAUUUCUUGCCGGAUCGGGAGUCCACGAUGAAGAUGGUCUGCAUGGACUGGUCAAUGUGAACACUCACGCAUGGAGAAAGUAACGGCAGGAUAGUAUUGAGUGCCAGGAUUUCGAAGAUUGGAGUAGAAAAUUAUGAUUUUUACGACAAUCGUUUAUAAUAAUAUGUUUUUUUUUAUUCUUGUAUUGCUAGAAGGAUCUAUAUUUACAGAUUGUAGAAAUGGUAGUUUUUGUUUUUUUUUUACAUUUUAGUUCCGGUAUUAAAUUAUUUCAUUAAGAGGUUCUGGUUCCUGUUCCGGCUUUUGAAAAAUAUAAAUUACAGGUUAAGGUUAAAACUGAUAUUUAACGGUUCCAAAUAUAAAUUUUUAAACACUUAU